AUGGCUCCUUUGGACGUGCCCCGGGCACUGCUGGACGGCGAAAAAGUGGUGAAAUGGGACGACGAGAGCGGAAUUGGGUUACCGGUGACUAUCAAAGUAGACGAACGAGGAUUUUUCUUGCAUUGGAUGGACCAGAAAAAAGACUGUGAAGUGAUUGACAUGUCGACGAUACGGGAUACUAGGACAGGAAAAUACGCCAGGGUCCCAAAAGACGCGAAAUUGAGAAGUGUCGUGUGUAUGGGGUCCCAAGAGCCAUUGGGCGAUAAAACGAUUACCGUCGUCGUGGCCACGGAUUUUGUGAACGUGUCGUUCAUUAAUUUCUGUUGCAAUAAAAAGCAAACGGCCCAAGUAUGGACAGACGGUCUUUUGAAGCUUGCUCUGAAUUUGGUGCAGCUAAAUUGGUCACCAAUAUCGUUCUUGCACAAAACGCAUACCAAAUUGAAUUUAUUAGUAGACAAGAAUGGCAAAAUUCCAAUAAAAAAUAUUCUCAAGACGUUCGCGCAGAACAAAGACGAUAGGAAGAAAGUCGAAAAAGCCCUGGAGUCAUCUGGAUUACCGUCGAAUAAAAAUGAUUUCGUUAGUCCGGUAAAGUUUAUAUUUGAAGAUUUCUUCACUUUCUACAAAAAUCUUACUGCUAGACCCGAAGUUGCACAAUUAUUUGAUGACGUAUGUUGUAGUGAUCAUGGAGCUUCGGGUAAGAAAAAACUUAUGACAGUUGACCAGUUCGUCGAUUUCUUGAACCGUACUCAAAGAGAUCCUCGUUUAAACGAAAUACUCCAUCCAUAUGCCAAUUCAGAUAGAGCAAAAGAUCUAAUUCGUGAGUUUGAACCCAACAAACAAAACGCUCAACGAGCAUUGUUGAGUUUUGACGGGUUUCUCAAGUAUCUGAUGAGCGCCGACAACCCUAUAGUAUCGUCUACUACAUUUGAAUUAAAUAACGACAUGGAUCAGCCGCUAUCGCAUUAUUUCAUAAACUCGUCACAUAACACUUACUUGACUGGUCACCAGUUGACUGGUAAGUCGUCCGUGGAGAUUUACAGACAGUGCCUACUGUCUGGAUGUCGGUGCGUUGAAUUAGAUUUGUGGAAUGGAAAGACAAAUGAACCGGUAAUCCUGCAUGGAUACACAUUUGUACCUGAAGUGUCGGCUCGAGAAGUAAUAGAGGCAAUUGCCGAGUCGGCUUUCAAGUCGUCCGACUACCCAGUAAUAUUGUCAUUUGAAAACCAUUGCAACACUAAACAACAAGCGAAAAUUGCCCAAUACUGUCACGAUUAUUUUGGCGACAUGUUGUUGUACGAACCAUUGGACAGUCAUAAACUUGAGCCAGGCUUCUCGUUACCACCUCCAUCAAUGCUGAAAAACAAAAUAAUUAUAAAAAACAAAAAAAAACAUCACCAUCAUCAUAAAAAGCCUACGACUAGUGUAGUGUUGGAGCCAGCUACAGCUGCCACUUUGGUGUUGGGCAAUGGAGAUAUACCACGAGGACCAAUUCGACAAUCCAGCAAGGACAGUAAUCAUGACGAAGAUGAAGAUGAUGAUGACAGCAGUAGCGAUACCGAUGGAGAAGAAGAGGACGUAGAUAGAACGGUUGAUUUAAAACAUGUUUUACAAGGUAAGCCUUUGGUCGAUAAGGUAUCCAACACCAAGGAGACUGAAGCUGGUACGGAAAUUUCGGUUCUCGUAAAUUAUUGUCAAUCAGUGCAAUUCACCUCCUUUGAAAACGCAGAAAAAAAAAACCGGCACUAUGAGAUGUCAUCGUUUGACGAGAAACAAGCAAUGACGUUGCUGAAAGAACGACCAAUGGAGUUUGUCAAGUAUAACAAAAAUCAAUUGAGCCGAGUUUAUCCGGCCGGUACACGUUUUGACUCUUCCAACUUUAUGCCACAAGUGUUUUGGAAUGCAGGAUGUCAGCUUGUCGCAUUGAAUUAUCAAACCAUGGACGUGGCGAUGCAGCUAAAUUUAGGGAUAUUCGAGUACAACAUGCGCAGCGGUUAUUUAUUGAAACCAGAGUUCAUGAGGCGCGCCGACCGUACGUUUGACCCGUUUGCCGAAUCCACCGUGGACGGAAUCAUUGCUGGUACACUAACCGUCGACGUCAUAUCCGGUCAACUGCUUACCGAUAAGCGCGUCGGCACUUACGUGGACAUCGAGAUGUAUGGUUUGCCCGCAGACACAGUCAGGAAAAAAUUUCGUACUCGGACUGUACCGUACAAUGGCAUUAACCCGGUGUACGGUGACGAACCUUUUGUGUUCAAAAAAGUGGUCCUCCCCCAACUCGCGUCGCUGCGUCUAGCCGUUUUCGAGGAGUCCGGAAAGUUGAUCGGCCAUCGUGUCAUUCCAGUAGUUGGCCUCUGUCCAGGAUAUAGACACGUCGUAUUGCGUAACGAAAUGGGUCAGCCCCUGCCUUGUGGAACGUUGUUCUUAAAAAUCACCGUAAAAGACUACGUCCCGGACGGCUUAUCAGAUUUUGCCGAGGCUUUGGCUAAUCCCAUAAAAUUCCAAUCCGAUCUGGAUAAACGCACCAAGCAAUUAGCUGUCUUCGCGGACGAACUGGACCAAUCCGUUGACGAAGCGAGUGUCGCACCGGCGGAACGAGACGUAAAACCAGUCACCCGUCAUCAGACCAGCUGCCCAGACUUGCCCACCGGCCACCACAUGACCGUUACAUCGUCGGCACCGCAUCGGAAAUCCGUGACUACUAAUCCCGUGUCGACGAUGGACUAUUCGGUCAAUGAUGACUUCAGCAAGGGUCCGAAAGGCUCCCAAAGGAAUCUUCCGGUGUUGUUGUCUACUUCUCUGAGCGAAGGCGUAGUCGCCGAAUCUCUUUCAAAGCUUAACGACAACAAGCUGGUAAAGGAUAAGAAAAUGGAGCUGGAGAAAAAACUCGAAAUGCUUCGGAGGAAACACGAAAAAGAGAGACACCGCGUGCAGCACCUGAAAUCGUCGCACGAUUCGGAACGGAUGCGAAUGUCCAAGUUCUCGAUGAGUUCCCGAUUCGUCAAGCGACUAUCGAUAAAGAAUAUCCAAGAGAGCAUGUUGCAGAGUAACCAAGACGCGUCCGAAUCCUCAGAAUGCGACACGGACAAUUCUACCAGUUCGAUGCCGAGGAUGUCCAGAAGCCAGUCCGAACGGUUGUUGGCCAUCGGCAAAGAGCACGUAGUACAGGAACGGGACCUCCGUGAAAAAUAUCACGAGAUCGUGUUUUCGUCGUUGGAGAAAGUGAUGCGGUCAUCGCAAUCGAACCAGAUGAAAAUGUUGCGCGUGCUGUUGGAUAAAGAAACAGCAGAAGUGAUGAAAAAGUUGCAGGACCGCCGGCGACAUGAAAUGAAAUCGUUGGCAAAAAUACACAAGGACAAGGACGAGAUUGGAAGGAUCAAACGAGAAGUAUCCAGUUCGAUGGUGGAAAAGGGUGUGAAUGAACGGGUGCGUUUGGCUCAGAUCUACGAGAAGAAAACUGAGGAGCUAGAAAAACAGCACGAAGAAAUCAGACAACAUUUUAAUGAUCUCAAGAAAAAAACAAAAGCGGAAUUGAUCAAAGAAUUCGAGGCCAAAAUACAAAAUGUUGAAUUCGGAGUUGGGCCGAGCAUUAAGACCGAAUUCAAACAAUGA